UCAGUAGUAGAGUACAGGCCAAGCUUGCUGCUUUCUUCUCCGACCAAUUCCCUCGAGCACCUCGCGCGCGCGGUCGCUUCCGGCCGAAUGGCGGCAACGAACUGAGCGAGGAGACGGGUCCGCGGCUCCCUCCAAUGGCGUCUCUCCCCACCUUAUCCGCCUCCCUCCCGCGGCCCCACGUCCGCUUCAUGUUCAGGACCCCCGCUCCCUCCUGGGGCUGCUUCGCCGAGCACAAUGGCCGCUGCGGCGGGUCGCUCGACACGAGGCUCCGGCUCCGGCUGCGGUGGAGGAGCCCGGUCCGCGCCAAGGCCGGCGAGGCGGACAAGGACAAGGGCGCCGCCGAUUCGGGGCUCCGCGUGGACCAGCAGCGCAAGACCCUGCGGCGCCGCCUGCGGCUGCGGCUCCGGCCCCGGCUGCGCGUGCUGCGGUGGCGGAUCCGGCGGCUGCUGUCGCCGCGUGAGCUCGCGGGCGACGCGGCGGCGGCGCUGCGCCGGGCCGCCCGCCGCGUGCCGCUCCCCGCCGCCGCGUCCGUCGUCCUGGGCGCCCUCCUCCUCGCCGCGCGGCUCGCGGUGCCCAAGAACGCGGCCCGGGAGGUCGCCUACUCGGACCUCCUCGCGGGGCUCCGCGCGGGCGCCGUCACCGCCGCCGCGUUCGAGGAGGACUCGCGCCGCAUCUACUUCAGCAAGGCCGAGGACGUCGGCGACGACGAGGAGGAGCGCGAGGCCGGCGCCGGUGCGACGAAGUGGGCCUACUACGCGAGGAGGGUGCCGCACGACGAGGGUUUCCUGCUGGGCCUGAUGCGGGACGGCGGGGUGGACUACCGGUCCGCUCCGAGGCCGGCGGGGAGGCUGCUGGUGGACAUGCUCACCACGCUGCUCACGCUCUGGUUCUCGCUGCUGCCCAUGAUGUGGUUCAUACAGAGGCAGAUGUCCGCUGCGGGCAGCGCGGACAAGCGCCGCAAGCCCCGGAAGCAGCGAGUGGGAUUUGAAGAUGUCCAGGGCGUGGAUGAAGCCAAGGAGGAGCUUGUUGAGAUAGUGAGCUGCUUGCGUGGUUCACUGAACUACAAGAAGCUGGGAGCAAGAUUACCUAGGGGCGUUCUGCUUGCUGGUCCUCCAGGAACUGGGAAAACUCUGCUGGCCAAGGCAGUUGCAGGAGAGGCUGGAAUUCCAUUCUUCUCUGUUUCUGCUAGUGAAUUUGUUGAAAUGUUUGUUGGAAGAGGAGCAGCACGUGUCAGAGAUUUGUUCAAGGAAGCAAAAGAAGCUGCCCCAUCAAUCAUUUUUAUUGAUGAACUUGAUGCUGUUGGUGGAAGCAGAGGUAGAAGUUUUAAUGAUGAGAGGGACCAAACUCUAAAUCAGCUGCUUACUGAAAUGGAUGGUUUUGACUCAGACGUGAAAGUUAUUGUCAUGGCUGCUACUAAUAGACCUAAAGCUCUUGAUUCUGCUCUUUGUCGGCCUGGUCGUUUCUCAAGAAAGGUUUUUGUCGGUGUGCCUGAUUUGGAGGGCCGCAGAAAGAUUUUGGCUGUUCAUUUCAGAGAAGUUCCUUUAGAAGAGGAUUCUGAAACAAUUUGCGAUCUGAUUGCUAACUUGACCCCAGGAUUGGUUGGUGCAGAUCUUGCAAACAUUGUCAAUGAGGCUGCUCUACUAGCUGCUCGAAGAGGUGGCAAUACUGUGGCUAGGGAAGAUGUUAUGGAUGCCAUUGAGAGGGAGAAAUAUGGGGUCAAUGGUAGACAAAAGAGUCCUGAUUCUGAAAGACAAGGCCUUACCAAAUUAUUUCCAUGGUUACCUAAACCUGCAAAUAAACCACCAAACCCAGAUGAUUUCCAGGGACUUAUGGGUUAUCAUACAUUAAGCUAACUGGCGUUUUUGCAAGGGGAGAUAAGCAUCAACUGACAUGGUAUUAAAAUUGUCCGUGUACGAGGUGCAGGGUACAAUUGUAAGGCAGCAAAUAUACAAUUCAACUCUUACCUGUGAAGGAGACUGCACUGUUCACUAAGUGGGGCAGGGAACUGUGACGCAUUACUUGAUGAAUUUUGAUGCAAUUCGAUCAGCAGAAAUCUGCUACAGAUUAUAAUAGCUUCGCAUGUGAAUGUGCAACACAAGGUCCACGAAUUUUCUAGUGACUCGGAUUAAUCUCGCGCUCCGUAAUUUUGAUACAAGCACUUGAACAUGGUUUUUUGGGUAGCUCAUAUUGUUAAUAGAAUAGUCUGCGUUAGUUUACAAGAUAGGGUCAACCCUGAUUCUGAUGUACAUGAAUUUGCCAUUUGGUUCAUUUUUUAGCAUACAUGAGCUCUGUGGCAGUUGGAUCCACAGCAAUGUGUUAGAUUGGAAGUAGACAUAAUUACUUGGCAGCUCAGCUAUUUUUCAUGCCGUA